AAUCAAGUUGCUCAUUGGCGGCACACUUGGGUCAUGAAAUGUCGGUGACCCUUGACUGGGGUCAAACGCAAGAUUUCUUUACUAGCAGGGAGUUUCUAAUAGUCAACGCUGAUAUCGAAAGGUAUUUUGGGGAUGCCUUUAUUGAAGUCCCCACCAACCCUCGAAUACUCGUGCCUGGAUGUGGUGUGUAGACUGCCCCAGGAGGAGUGGGACAGACCACACAUCGCCACAUGGCUUCCUAAGAUCACCAGCAAUACAGGCCAGCCAUACAACAUCAGUGCCAACCUGUACCAGGCUUUGCUUGAUCACCUGAUCCAAACGGAGCAGCUGCAAACCUGGCACCUGGAGCAAGUGGCACAUGAGAGUCUGCAGAGUCUGCGGUUUGACUUCCAGAAGAGUCUCCACGUUCUUGACAAUGACUCUGCCCUGCUAAUCUCUAUGAGAUGCCCUGUAAACCUGCAAGAUGUCUACCUGAACUCAUACACACAGUUGCCCCUCCUGGGUGUCAGCUUUUUGAUGUGCAGUUUUCCCCAGUUGAGGAUUCUGGACAUCACCCGUACCAAGGCAGAUGACCAGGCCAUGGCCAUGAUGGCAAACGCAUGCCCAGAGCUCCAGCAGCUGGACAUGUCAUCGACCAACGUCACAGACAUCGGCUUAUUUGAGCUGUGUGGUCUGAGGGAAUCAGGGAAGGGGUGCAAGAAAAUCAACCGUCUCAUGAUACACAACAUUCAAGUCACACUGUUUGGACUGUCAUACGUGAUAAAGGCUUUAAAGCAGCUGGUACAGCUCGGCACCGACUUGAACACUGGUCUCGUCCUGUACGGCAUUUAUCACGACUUUCUUCUGCAUGACCUUCCCUUGAGCCCUCUCAAGCUGGACGGUGUCAGCUUUUCUUCCCGACUGCUUGGCUCGCUGCCAGUCCCUGCUUCCUACAUACAGGCCCUGAGGUUAUGCCCCAAUCUGACCAUUCUCGGGCUACGUUCUGCCAUGCUGUCAAACGUAGACGAAGAGAUGUUGCAGAGUCUCUCCCUGCUGGAUACCUUGGAGGUUGAGGAAGAUGAGUACAGACAGCUCACGUUUCAGACGGAGGUCGUUCCCUUCCUGAGUAGAGUUGGCACCAGAAUGCUGAUGGUCACAUUCAAAGGUUUCUCAGAUGUGGACUUGCUUGCUGUCUCAGUCCACUGUCCUUAUGUGAGGGACAUAACACUAGAGAAUGUGCAAGGUUUUGCUGAACAGCCGGCCCAGCUGGUAACAGACUGUGCAUUCCAAGACCUUGAGUCUCUGGUCAUUGAGAUAGUUAAUAAUGAAGCACCACAAGAGCCCGUCCGAUUCCAACUGGAGAGAGUGCUGAAAAAUGCUCCCAACCUUUCAAUGCUGCACCUGUGGGGUGUGGACUGCUUCACAGAUGACUUCAUGACCGACGUGAUGAAGUAUAAUACGUUUGAGUUCCUCAGUAGUCUGCGUCUGAUGGAGUGUCAUGGCGUCUCACGGAAAACUAUCGAGGCCUUGAUGGACACAGCAGAUUACUUCUGUGAGGUGAUCGUGGACACGUGUGAAAAACUAAAGAAACCUGACCUAGAAGACAUACAGAAGCUUGCGGGCAGUAAGAACCUUUCCUUCUCUGUAAUACAGAGCUGGAAAUUAAGUUCCAAUUAGCAAUGGAUGAGCACAGUGGGCAGCAAUGUAGACUUGCCUGACAAAAGUGAUGAUUUAGGACUAGAUCUUCAGAUUGACGUUUUCCAGUUUCAAAGGAAAAUGUUGAAGUAAAAUCACUUUGAGUUAUUGUUAGAAGUCCAUGUAUGAAUAUCCUGUAGUUGCUUCAUAGAUAUCAUGUACUCUUCAGUUAACAGCAACUGCAUGUAUCAAAAAUGCCCAACAGCUGUUAGAAGAAUGUAUUUAAUAUUAUGUAGUCAUUGAGUAACUAGUAGCUGUUAUAUUGAUGUUGUAAGGUUGAAGAUGUUGAAAAAAUUGUUAUGAGAAAUAUCAUCACAUGCAACAGAUCAUGAUACCAUGAUAGUCAUGUUCGAACGAGUUCCACGAAUACAUACCUUUGCUAAAUAAACCAGGUUUGUUAUGUACAA